AUGGCUGCACCCCAGAAUCCUCCUGGCUUCUCGCCUCAUGUCUGGGAUCAACUCCAACAAAGCUCAAAUCAGGUGGCGCAACAAAACCGAGGCAACCGUCGCGGUCGUGGUCAAAGUAGGGGGCCGGCAUCUUCAUCUUAUCAGCAUCGUCCUCAGCAGCGCCGCUACGCUGCUCAGAACGAGGUUGCUUCAUUUCAGAAUCAACAAGUGGCGCCACAACCAAGCAGCGAAGAGAUGUUCCCACCGCUAGGAACGAAUAGAUUGCCGGCUCUGAACAAUGUCUCACUUCCGACUCAAUAUCAGCCACCAACUUAUUCUCAACAAUUCCACGACACUCGCCACGGUACUCCUAGAGAGUAUCAAGACCGUGCCAGAGGUGGUCUUCGCGGUCGUUCCGGCCAUUUCGGCACUCAGCAGCACCUCUAUCCUGCAGCUCAAAACAUCAACCAGCAGCAGUAUUCCACCUAUGGACGCCCUCCACACCGUAAUGGCAAUCUCUUCAACCCAAAUGGGGGCAUGGGUUACGGCUCUGCUGAACAGCAACGCAAUAUGAGGCAACUUAUCAUGAAGCAGUCCGACUAUCUCAACAGUGUCGGCAGGAAGGCCCACGCCGUGCAUCAGCUGAGUAGGGAAGAGAGCUUGGCAAAGGAAAACUUUCGCAGAGAGCUUGAGCAGGUCGCAAGGGACGCUCUCAAAGCAAAAUAUCCCGAUUUCGACAUUCAAAAUGUAAGGUUGAAAUGCUACGGGAGCCUUGCGAACGGGUUCGCUCUGGCCGGUUGUGACAUGGAUCUGCUGCUGUCGUUGCCGAGUUGGUCAAGGCAGAGAGAUCCCGCCACUGUCAGUGCUCAAACGGAUCCGCAGCAGGAGUCUGCGUUCGACGAAGAAGAUGAGGAACGUGCUUUCAACAUGGAAAUCCGGCGUGUACUCGAGAAGGCAUAUCUGGAUGAGGGAUACGGAGCCAGACUUCUCACCAACACUCGUGUCCCCAUCUUGCGUAUUUGUCAAAGCCCGAGUUCCGACCUGCUCAAGAAUCUGCGCGAGAAUCGUGCUGCUUGGGAGAAGUCUUCGUUCGAGACACCGGCUGCCGAUGUCAGUCCUUCGCCUGCAGAUGGCCAAGAGAUUCCUGCUGAUGUCGAUUCCGUCGAACAAGCUCUUGCUGACUUGAAAGUGGACAACACUGCUCCCCGACCGUCAACACCACGCGGCAACACUGGCUUGGAGUUCACCGGGGAUUGCGGUAUUCAAUGUGACAUUAAUUUUACCAACUUUGUCGCCCUACACAACUCAGCUUUACUCAAGCUCUACCACGGCUUCGAUCAACGCGUGGCGGAUAUCGGUGUCUUCGUCAAGAUAUGGGCAAAGACGAGAGACAUCAACACUCCCUAUCGUGGCACCUUGUCGAGCUACGGCUAUAUCCUGAUGGUCCUCCACUAUCUGAUGAACGUCGCGUCUCCACCUAUCAUCCCCAACCUGCAGCAUCUGGCCAAGGUUGAGGACGAUUGGAAUCCGGGCAAGAAAAUAGAGCUGUUCGAAGGAUUCGAUGUUCGGUUCCUACAAGACCCAAAGGACAUCGACCAGCUGCGUCGAGACAUGUCAGCCAACAAGAAUCACGAGUCUGCCGGUCAACUACUAAGAGGAUUCUUCCGAUACUACGGAACUCGUGAAGGCUUCCACUGGACUCGGGAUGUCAUUUCCAUCAGACACAAGGGGGGCAUUUUGUCCAAACAAGAGAAAGGAUGGACUGAGGCCAAAUGGGCGCAAAAGGGAGACAACAACGUGCGUCUGCGUUACCUGCUCGCCAUUGAAGAUCCUUUCGAAGUCGAUCAUAACAUUGCGCGAACUGUUGGUCAUCACGGCCUCGUUGCAAUCCGGGACGAAUUUCGCCGCGCCUGGUCAAUCAUGGAAAGGAUUGGUGCAGGUGAAACGGUUUCUAUUGAUGAAUUCCUUGAACCUGUCACAGACCGUGCCGAUACUCUGAGGAAGGACCUGGAGUUUCACAGACAGAAACAAAAGUUGAUGAAACUGGAACUCGAGGCCAAAGAGAAGAACCUGCUCGAUCAGGCAAAGACAUUGGGGACCGAGAAUCCUGAUAGUCACACUGAUGGUACGUCGGGAAUUUCUGACCAUGCAAACCUGCAUUCUGGCUCUUCCAUGCGAAUCCGCAACCGAUCCCCAAGUUCGAUGCUGACAUCGACGACCUCGUACCAGGGCAAGAACAAGCGCCAGCCGUCCAAGAGCUGGCGUCAUAGGAAAGUCGAGGCUGACAGUGACGAUGAACACGGCCAUGUCGGCGAUGAUGCGACUAGUUGUGAGCCGCAUCGUGGUAUGGAGAAAGAUACCAAUCUGGAGGAAGAUGUAUCAGUCACGCUAGGACAGCAGCAGCAGACGCCCAAGCCCAGUGGGGGCCUCUGUUCCCCCAGUGAGGUACUUCUUGCCAACGGCUUUGAUCACUUUGGAAACCCUGUAGCAUGGGAUAUGACCACCCAAGAUGGGCGCUGGCUGCAGUGGAGGGACAACAAAAUCAAACAGGGGACCUACCGCCAGUUUACCAAUCCCACAAUGCGUGAACUCGAUGAUCAGUGCCCGUUCGACCCCGAUAGGCCAAUUCCACAUAUUGACAACCCUUACACGAAUCGUUUCGAGCAAUUACAGAUGGAACGUCCGCCAUGGCCUGCGAACGGCUCCAAUAUCUCCAUAGUGAGUAAGCCCGCACCGAAGCAAGAUACAGAGAGCAGCGUCAAGGUUGUGUCUUUGUCCGGAUCCUCUGGGUCUUCCGAAGACGGAGUGGUGCCCAGCAGUCCUCAAAACAUUCAACCAAAGCUACCUCAAAAUUACUCCGUUGGCGAAAAGAUUGACUGGGACAGCGCAACACGCGGAGGACGGUUUCUUCUUUACCGCGACAGCCGUAUUCGUCGAGGGGCAUGGGAAUAUCACCGGCGAUCUAAAUUUACUGAAUUGGACAACGCCUUCCCCUAUGAUCCCGAUAUGUGGCGCGAUGAGCUUGGCCGCAAGAACGAGUUGUUACGUACAUAUUACAUGUACACCUUAUCUCGAAAAAGAAUAUGCCCGGACCUUGCGCUCGAUGAUGCCAUCACAGAGCCAUCAAUCCUCAGUGACGGAGCUCGGGUGCCGGAGCUCAGCAUGACGCAGUCGGCAACAGCGUACAGUGAGGAUGUUUCUUUCCAGGAUGAAGCUUCCACAAGACACGCCAAUAGUGUACACGGCAUUCGGGCUGCACCAGAUUUGCCUAUUGUACAGGAUGGACAGUCUUUUGCAGCUCCUGUCCUAGGGUCUUAUGAAACCGAUGCAGCAAGUCCCGCAACUGCGGUGCUGAGAAAACCUGGCAUGACAGAUGCAGAGUUCAUUCGACAACAGCGUCUGGCUUUCUUCACCAGACCAGCGAGUGCAUCUGGGAGUGAUGCUGGAACAAAUUCACGCUUCUACCAGCAGAGCAACGAUGAAGAACCAGACACUAUGGAUGAUGGCCCUGCUCUUGUACCCGUCCAGCCUUCUGAAUUGAACAGGCAACCUCCUGCUCGAGAACAGCUAAAUAUAGAAAGUCCACGGCAUAAUGAGCCAAGUCUGGUACAACGCGAAGAUGAAGAAGGGUCCCAGUCUCCGGAUAGUGGCCCCUUGAAGGAAGAGCAAUCCAACGUCGACCAACAAACCGUGACGGAUGUCGCGCCGCUGAAAGUUCCUGCCACACUGUAUCCAGGUGUGGAUUCCAGUCAGCGACCAAGAGAUGAGGAUCCUCAAAUCAUGCCUAUUCCUCGCGAUUUCGGGUUUCAAUUCGACCUGCGACAGUUGCGCGAUCUGGAUGUAAUUGCUCAGGGAGGAAAUGGUUGUGCUAGAGAGGGCGCAGAAUUCACCAUUGAAGACGAGUAUGAAUGGGGAGGCGGUGGCAUGAUGGGCUGGAAGGAUGGUACUAGUCCUGAACCAACCAGAUCGAGUUUCGAUGAUACGCCGUACAAGGUCGGCGAUGGGGAUCUUGAAGGGUUGCUUGAUGAGCUUCCAGGGGACCUUGACUGA